AUGCCAAAAAGGUGCUUGAACGUUAAUACUAAGAAGGCAACUCAGAAAAUUCCAUCAAAUCAAGGUGAAUCUCAAACCAUAGGUAUUGAACUUAGAUCAAAACGUAUUGCCAACAGAGAAAGUGCUACUCCAUUAAGCACUACUCCAAUUCUUCCUAAUCAGAAAGUUAGCAUUAUAACUCAUCCUAACCAACAAGUUGACAACACUCCUAAAACUUUAAUUUCAAAACAACAAGUUGGCAGUACUUCUGAAUCUAGCAGCCCUUUAAUUUCUCCCAACUGUCAAGUUGGUGAUGCUUUUGAAGCUAGCAGAACUUUAAUUUCUCCCAACCAUCAAGUUGGCUCUCCCAACCAUCAAAUUAGUGACACUUCUGAACCUUUAAUCCCUCCUAGCAACACUUUUGAAUCUUUAAUUCCUCCCAACCAACAAGUUGGCAAUACCUCUUCCGAAACUAGUAGCACUUUAAUUCCUCCCAACCAACAAGUUGGAAAUACCUCUUCUGAAACCAGUAGCACUUCAGAUAAAUUACAAUUACAAUACACCAAUUGUAUUUCUUUAUCACCAAACAAUGAAUUUGAAUCUACAGAUAUUAAAUUGAAUUCUGCGCAUAAAGUGUGA